AUGUUUAUCCGUUCCUCGCCCCAUGACGCAAAUGAUUCAGCCAUUCCGGAUCUGAUCAAGGAGAUCUGCACCGAUGUCGACUUCGAAAGAUACGACCUCAUGGCUCUUCGUUUGACGUGUAAAAUCACUUGCGAGUUGUCCACUCAGUCGUUCGAUCUCAUGUGCUUUACUGGCAUCUCGAUUCUCUUGACACGGCGCUCUCUCGAAGCUUUGAUCGCCAUCUCAAAGCAUCCGCGCAUCGGCCCCCAAAUUCAGCGCGUGACUCUCACACCACUACGUACCUUCUCAGAAGUCUUCUCGAGCUUGAUCCCAGCUCUCCUCCAUCAGUAUCUGGAUCGAUACCACGAAGAGGUAGAACUUGAGCAAUCCGGCGAUGCUUUGGGCCUCCUUACCGAAGCUUUUAAGACGCUCCGAAAGUAUGACCGCUCUCUGUGCCUAGAAAUUUCUGAUGAUGAACAGACAUACGUUGGGGCUCGAGGUUGCUUCUCUGGGGCCGUUGUUGAGGUCAGGGAAGAGAGUAACGUGUUCAAGUUGUACUGGAAAGAAGCCACAAGUCUUUUGAUCAAAGCAGUGACCAACAGCGGAUGCACAAUUGCGCGGCUUUCUCUAUCGAAUGUUACAGAUGCUGAUCUCGUGGGUGGGGGCCAGCUAUGGGAUGAUGAUCUCGAUGAGGAUAUCGAUCGUCUCUCAGCUAACCUGACUGCUUUCGAUGUGGAUAUCCACCGUCACCGUUCAGACGCUGUCUUGAAGUCGGUCAAGCAGGUAUUGUUGCAAGCAAAGGACCUCAACAUCCUCACUUUGCAGGGAGCGGGAGCAAAUAUGUGUCACGACCUCGCGCAGCUUUCUGAUGCUGUGGUAUCGGACUCGCUCAAGGUCAUCAACUUAUCAAACCUGUACUGCUCUGAGUUGGAUCUGGUCUCAUUCUUGAGCAAACACCGGUCGACUCUUGGCCACCUUUGGCUUUCUUCUACUCGUCUGGUGGGGUCUUGGAGAUCUCUGGUUUUGUGGAUCAGGUCGAAUCUCAAGUCCCUUCGUACGUUUGGCAUGUACGAUACCUUCGACGGAGACUUAUAUUCGCCUACUAGUCGCGAGCAAGUACCACCGUGUGAGUUUUUCGAGAUGGAAGACAUGUCCAUCGUCCUGGAAGAGCUUCUGGGCAAAGGUAUAGCGCCACAAAGCUAG